UAUAGCUUUUCCGUGUAAGUCCUUGUUCGAGUGAAUUUCGCUCGCAGAAAAUUCACAGCGGCGAUUGAGAGGAAACAUGCUUAAUAUCGACGAGUUCUUCCGUGAGUCGAACUACAACAACCUUCGCAUUAUGUUAUCUAUAUGCGGUGUGUGGCCCUUUCAGGCGUUAAGUAAACGUCGCGUGAUGUACGUCGGAUUUACGUAUCUAAUUGUAGCUAUGAUAAUAUUCGAGCUAGUGUGUUUGUUCAGGGUCUGGCCAGAUUUUUUCGAAGUAUUCGACUGUUUGUCGAUGCUAUUUUAUGCCAUAACGUCGACAUUUAAAUUGAUCUACACAGUGUAUAAAUUGCCUCAGAUUAAGAGUCUUUUGGUGAAGAUACAAGAGCAUUGGUACUCUCCAAAAGUGGACCAGGAAACUAAAAUCUUGACUUCGUAUUUACAGUUCGUGCGAAGUUUUAGUUACAUUUAUACAGGUAUUAUAGUUGGCCAUUCGGUGAUUUUCGCACUCACGCCUAUGGUAACUAAAUUUUUCUUCGAGAAAUCUGCUGGGACCAACACAUCGAACCAGACGCAGGACGCACAACCUACCUAUCAAAUCAAUUACAUGCUUGAUUUACAAAUGCGCUAUAUACCACUUCUCAUACAAUGCUCUGUAUGCGAGGUAUAUUUUACGGUAUUACUGACCGCGUUCAACGUCCUGUAUCUAGCAUGCGUCCAACAUUGCUGUGGCUUGUUUGCAGCUCUGACAUAUCGUUUGGAAACUGCCAUUGAGCUUGGAGACAACGAUGACAAUGUAGUAACGUCAUUCACGCAAAAUAAAUGUUAUUCAAAUAUCGUGUAUAGCGUUCGAAGACAUGUAGAAGCGAUGCAAUUUGCUAGUGAAAUAGAAUCUCUCUACAGACUACCAUUCUUCAUACAUUUGAUAAGUAACGGAUCACUCAUAAGUAUCGUAGGAUUUCUGAUAACGACAAAUAAGGAAAACAUCACUCGUCUUUUUCCGUACAUUAGUUAUCUCAACGCGCUUUUGUUUAAUACGUUUUUUGAAAAUUGGCAGGGUCAGAAGAUCAUAGACUGCAAUGAAAAAGUGCAUGAGUCCGCAUAUAAAUUAGAAUGGUACAAAACGCCUAUAGUAACGCAAAAACUUUUGAUCAUGAUUAUGAUGAGAAGCAAAAGACCAAUAACGAUAACUGCAGAAAAAUUUAUCGUUUUGUCCUUUGUUACUUUUAGUGCGGUAAUGCGUACAGCUUUCUCAUAUCUAACGAUUCUACAGUCUAUGCAAUAAAAUUGUGAUCGUGAUAGACAAUUAGGAGACAUAUUAGCGGCCAACAUGAUUUAGUAACUAAUUCAUUCGUUAGAAGAUACGUAUCUUAUUAUAAACUUCGUUGUAUCUUCCAUACAAAAAUAUUAUGUAGCUAAAUAAAACUAGAAAAUA